AAGUCACAACCUCACUUGUCUUUUUUUGUUGCUUCAUAAAAAUGAAUCCCUCAAUAAUUUCCAUCCUUUCUUUUUCUCUCUUCUUUCUCUCUCAAUUCUCUCUAUCUCUCUCAGCUGAAAGAUGCAACCCAAAUGACAAAAAAGCCCUCUUAGAAAUCAAUAAAGCCUUAGGCAAUCCCUAUGACUUGAUCACUUGGGAUCCCAAAACUGAUUGUUGUACUGAUUGGGCUGAAGUUACUCUCACAUGUGAUGAAAAAAACAAUCGCGUUACGGCGCUAAACCUUUUCAAAAUUGAUAACGCCAAACACCUCUCCCCCGCGAUCGGAGACCUUACGUAUCUUAAAAGCUUAGACAUCAACAAUGUACGAAAUCUCUCCGGUCCAAUUCCAUCCACCAUUGUUAAACUCACCAAGCUUACAUUCUUGAGAAUUAGUCAAACAAACAUUUCAGGACCUGUCCCUGAAUUUCUUAGUAAGUUAAAAAAAGUAACGUACAUAAACUUGUCGUAUAAUAAGCUUGUUGGUACAAUCCCGGUCUCGCUAUCUCAAUUGCCAAACUUGGAGUUCCUACGAUUAGACAGGAACAAGCUUACUGGACAAAUUCCAACAUCUUUUAGCAGGUUAGCACCGAAACUGACGUAUCUUUACCUUGGACAUAACCAACUAACAGGGGUUGUGCCAACUUCUUUUGCUGGUUGGAGCUUUGACACAAUUGAUUUGUCAAGGAACAUGCUUGAAGGGGAUAUUUCAUUUUUGUUUGGUAAAGAUAAGACAACAUUUGAAAUGCUUUUGGAUCACAAUAAGUUUGAAUUCGACUUCUCAAAGUUAACGUUUGGGGAGAGGUUAGAGAGGUUGGAUUUGAAUCAUAACAAGAUUUACGGGAGCCUUCCAAAAAUCUUGACAAAGCAAUCGUGGCAACUCUUCAAUGUGAGUUAUAACAGAUUUUGUGGGAGAAUUCCACAGGGUGGGGAUAUGCAGAGAUUUGAUCUAUAUUCGUAUUUCCACAACAAAUGUUUGUGUGACGCUCCAUUGCCACCCUGUAAAUAAUCAUGAGUACGUAGUAAUGGCUCUGCCAUUAAUUUGUGGUCCUACAUCUAUCUUUGAAUGUUGAUGUAUAAGCCAGUAAACUUAAGGCUUCCAAUGAAUAAAAAUGUGCUUUAGUUUA